ACAAUGGCGGCGCGGCAAAAGUGACCGCGUGAAGUGUGAAAAUUUUCGCUUGAAAACGUUUUCAGCACACAACAUAAAGUGCACUGCACCACUCGCACCCUGAUUUGAAGGACCAAACUGCACCCUACUCACGCCGACCGACGACACCCAUAUGUUAUCGGCUUAGAGAGAAAGCCUCGGGAACGCCAAUUUCUACAGCCAUUCUUCCUACUUUUCAUACUCUCCUCCACUCAACUCAUUCACUCACUUUUCCCAAAACAAAAUUACACCCUCAGUUUGAAGCCCUAGUUCCUACACUCUCGAUUCAAAGUCUGUCUUCGUCUCUCUCGAUUUCUUUCCGUGGAAAAAAAAAAACUAAGAAGCAAUAUUGGAUUUUUCAAUUUGGAGUGUAAGAAAUUCAGCGCCACGGCAUUGUCUUUCUGAGAAUUGAGAGAAUGGAUUGCUCGUGAUCUUGCAUUGAAUAUAUUCAUCACUGCAGUAACUUAGAACUUGAGCACAGAGGUCAUUCAGACUAAAAUGCAGCGCAUAAACUAGUGGCAGCAGGGAUUGUAGGAUAUAAAUGUAGGAUAACUGUCUCCUGAAGACAUUUUUGGUAUUGCCAAGCAGAAAGAGAUGAGAACACAGCUAGAAGAUCAAACUGAGAUGUCGACUCUUGGAAACACAGCAGUGUCACCUGGAAAGGUGGCAAGAACAACUGCUAGGAGCCAUAACACAGCAUCAGCAGGUAAAAUGUCUGAAAAUCCUGGUGUUGAACAAUUGGGAGAUGCAUGUGGAAAUGCUGGUCAAAACCUUAACUUAUCAGAAUGUCAAGAGAAAACACCUGGUCAACCUAGAAAGAGAAAAUCUACUUCAGGAACCCCUAUCAGCAGUACUAGACUUCUGCGCUCGAAGUCAAAGGAGAAAUCUGGAGCUUCUGAGGCGAAUAAUACUGUAGUAACUCAUGAAGCUAAUGAAGAAAAGAAAAGAAAACGGAGAAAGAAAAAGCAUAGCAAGCAUAUAGCUGUGAAUGAAUUCACAAGCAUAAGGGGCCAUCUGAGGUACUUAUUACAAAGAAUAAAAUAUGAGCAGACAUUGAUUGAAGCUUACUCUGGUGAAGGCUGGAAAGGACAGAGCUUAGAAAAGAUAAAGCUGGAGAAGGAGCUAGAACGAGCCAAGGCUCAUAUUUUUCGUUACAAAUUGAAAAUUAGAGAUUUGUUCCAACGCGUUGAUACUUUACUCACUCAAGGGAGACUUCCAGAAUCUUUAUUUGACAAUGAAGGGGAGAUUGACAGUGAAGAUAUAUUCUGUGCAAAGUGUGGCGCUAAGGAUCUGCCAGCUGAUAAUGAUAUUAUUCUCUGUGAUGGCGCUUGUGAACGUGGAUUUCACCAGUUGUGCUUGGAACCACCUCUGUUAAAAGAAGACAUUCCACCUGAUGAUGAAGGCUGGCUUUGUCCUGGCUGUGAUUGCAAAGUUGACUGCAUUGACUUGCUUAAUGAUCUUCAAGGAACAAAUCUUUCCAUCACUGACAGCUGGGAGAAAGUAUAUCCUAAGGAAGCUGCUGCUGCUGCAUCCGGGGAAAAGCUGGAUGAUAUUUCUGGACUUCCAUCGGAUGACUCGGAAGAUGAUGAUUACAACCCUGAAAAUCCAGAUGUAGAAAAGAAUGAUUCGGGAGAUGAAUCCAGUUCUGAUGAAUCUGAUUUUUUCUCUGCAUCUGAAGAUUUGGAAGAAGUCCCUCCUAAAGACGAUGAGCUCUUGGGGCUUCCUUCUGAAGACUCAGAAGAUGACGACUAUACUCCUGAUGAUCCAGAUAAGGAUGAGCCGGUUAAGACAGAAAGUUCAAGUUCUGACUUUACUUCUGAUUCUGAGGAUUUAGGUUUGAUAGUUGAUACUAAUAGGCUGCCAGGUGAUGAGCUAGGGGUUUCCAGUUCAGUAGAUAACAGUAAGCACAGCUCGGCUUCCCAAGAGGAAAAACCUAAAGGUGGCCGAGCUAAAAGAAAUUCGUUGAACGAUGAGUUGUCCGAUCUUAUGCAGUCUCAUAGCCCUCUUGUCUCUUGCAAAAGGCACAUAGAGAGGUUGGACUACAAAAAGCUGCAUGAUGAAACAUAUGGAAAUGAAUCUUCCGAUUCUAGUGAUGAAGAUUUUGAGGGUGAUCCUUUACCCAAGGUGAGAGAGAUCAGAAGUGCCAAAGCUGCAAUGACUUCUCCUAAUUCGACUCCAGCAGAUACCAAGUAUCAAAGUGGGAAGAAGAAAGUGAGUAGACAUACCGAUAGGGGUCUCUGCAAGAAACUCAAAAUUGGAGGCAUGGACACCUCUGAACCUCAUUCAAGUGGUAAAAAGAAAACAUACGGGGAAGGUGCCAUCAAGAGGCUCUAUGAAUCCUUCAAGGAAAAUCAGUAUCCUGACCGUGACGCAAAGGAGAAGUUGGGUAAAGAGUUAGGCCUAACAGCUCACCAGGUCAGUAAAUGGUUUGAAAAUGCUCGUCAUUGCCAUCGUCAUUCUUCUCGCUGGGACACAAUUAUGAGUCAAAAAGUGUCGAAAGAAUCUCCUUCCUCACCAAAUAUUAUGGGAGAACCACUUGGAACUGAAUCUAUAAGCACCAUAAACAAUGUUUUGUGCAAUGGGGUUGGAAAAAUGGAACCACCAAAGCAAUGCCUUAACGGAGAAAAAUGUCAUGCAAUAGAUAAGAGUGAGGGAGAUUUAUUGAUACAGGAGGCCAGUGGGAAAAAAUCUAGAAAACCAAAAGCAAAAAAUGAUACCACAGAUCGAGGAUUGGAUGACACUCCGACCAAUAAGACUUCUAAGAAGCAGAACACACAGAUUAAUAGCCCGAAUUCUCAGAAUGUCCGUAGAAGUAGCAGGUUGCAAAAACAAGGCUGAGUCAUGAAAGUGCUGAGUUCUGGAACAAACAAAUACUUUGAGUGGAAUAUAAAUCAACCUGGAAAGCUUUUUGAUCUAUGUGAAUGAUUAAGAUUGAAACAUUGGCCAGACGACGGGUCUGACACUUAAAUACACAUGCGGGGUUUUGGGGGUCACAGAUAUAUGGAGGCCUCCCGUCUAUCCAACAGCAUUCUGGAGUCUAGGUAAGUAGCAGAAUUUGUACUUAGUAGUGAGGAAAGCUGGAUGUAGCAGUCGAAUUUCACCAUCCAUAUUGGAUGUAGCAGGACUUCUGGAGCUGUGCUAUUUAAAUUUUGAUAACAGUUUACAUUAUGUCUAAAUCGUAUGGUAGACAUUGUCUGAUGUUGCUAUGUUGUACGUAUUGCAUAUUAAACUAUUUCUUUCUUUUUAUUUAUUUGGCUUUCGUGUCCUUCUGUUGUAACUGCUACAGUAAAGAUGAACCUAUUUCAGUUGGAUUGCUGCUCAA